AUGUCUCAUGUGCGGGAUGCUGCCUUUCUACCAGGAGUCUCCGAGCAGGGCCAUUCUGUCUUCGCGCUCUUCGUCGCUGGCAUCGUCACACAGCCUUUGCCAUCUGCAGGCGUCGCUUUCUGUGCGCUUGCUGUGGGACUGAUGACGAAAACGCUGACGUUCGCCGAAGGGGUGGCCGCGUUCACCGAUGAGGUGCUGUGGCUGGUACUGCUCUCCUUUUUCUUCACCAAGGGCUUUGCAAAGACUGGCCUCGGUGAUCGAAUUGCUUUGAGUAUUGUUCGCCUGAUGGGGAGAACAACCCUUGGACUGGCUUAUGGCCUCAACUUGGCAGAAGGAGUGCUGGCGGCGGGCAUGCCGGCUUCAGCUGCGCGAGCUGCCGGGGUUUUCUAUCCGCUGGCAGACUCAGUUGCCAAGGCAUGCGGCUCGGACCCAGCAAAGAACCAGGCCAAAGCCACAGGUGGCUUCCUGGUACAGUCUGCUUUUCAGGCAACCGGUAAUUCGUCGAGUUUGUGGCUCUAUGGCGCGGCCCAAAAUCUGCUCACUUUGAGGCUUGCUGCACAGCUGGGAUACGUGGUCGAAUCUCCGUUCACCAGCUGGUUAAAGGCCAGCUGCGUUCCCGCCUUGACGGCCAUGGCACUGACGCCGCUGGUUGCAUUCUGGGCCUUGCCGCCCGAAGUGAAAGAAACCCCGGAUGCGCCCAAAGAGGCCGAGCGGAAGCUGAAGCAGAUGGGCCCCUUCAGCAUGAAGGAGGCCAUUCUGGCGGGUGUCGUCAUGGGAAUGAUUGUCCUUUGGGCCGGAUCGUCUGCUUUCGGGAUUCCGGCUGUGCACACCGCAGUGCUAGGGCUUGCAGUGUUGCUGGUUUCUGGUGUGCUGACCUGGGACGACUGCGCUGGUGAGAAGGCCGCGUGGACCACAGUGACAUGGUUCGCCAUCCUCGUCAGCAUGAGCGCAAUGUUGAACAAGCUAGGCAUUGUCAGGUGGUUGGCAGCAUCCAUAGCUGCCAAGAUCUCCGCGGUCGGGCUGUCGGGCUGUCCGGCUUUCCUGGUCUUGCUGGUGGUCUACGUUCUUUCCCACUACUUCUUUCCCUCGCAGGUGGCACACCUCAGUGCCCUGUACCUGCCCUUCAUCGCGAUGAUGGUGGAUACCGGGACGCCACCAAUGGUUGCGGUGUUUUCGCUGGCGUUUGCUUCGAACAUCUUUGCGUCCCUGACGCCCUACGCCUCCGCCCAGGCUCCUGUCUUCUUCGGCGGCAACUACGUGACUCUGAAGGACUGGUACAGGCUGGGCUUGAUCUUCAUUCUCUUUAACAUGAUCGUGUGGGUUGGCGUGGGCUCUGUCUGGUGGAAGGCUGGGCACUUGCACAGUGCCGAAGCGUCCCUCUUCUUUGAUGCAGUGUGCUGGCGAGAUUCUGCGUGCUGCUGCAGGUCAUUGGCUUAUAUUGAGCGCGCUCUCCAGCAGAAAAGAAGCCACUUUCUUCAGAAGUGUCUUUUUGAGAGCCCAACUGAGGUAUGUCUUGCUGUCGAAAAAUUAUUUUAA